AUGAGGGCUGAACGAGCUAACCGAGGAAACGAAGAGGGGGGACCGUCCAUUCAGUCGGUGAAUGUUGAAACGGUCCAUUCAGAGAGUGAUGAAGGGGAUAACCCUUUGGUGCAGGGGGUGGAGGUCAGGGGGGACCCGAAUCCAGUGAAUGUCGGACGGGGGCGUAGAGGAGUAGGUAGAGGAAGAGGGCGAGCGGAGAGAGGAAGAGGCCGGGGAAGGGGACGUGGGAGACGCUGGGAAAUGGAAAAUUUCGAGGAGGUGGAGGAAAGACAGAAUGAGAGAGGAGAUCGGCCCAACGAGCCGGUAGAUCGGAUGCAUGAGACGAGGGAGAGAGCUCACGAACAGGGGGAUCCAACUCCUGAUCAAGCUGAAGGACUCCACCCGUUCACACCACGGGUAAUGAGAGCGGUCAUACCGGAAAACAAAAUGCUACCCCCUCUAGACAAGUAUGGAGGCUCAUCCGAUCCCAUCAAGCAUCUUCGGUCAUUCGUGGAUGCUAUGGCGGUGUACUCUACUGAUGACCUAGUGUGGUGCAGGGUUUUCUCCCUGUCUCUGAAGGAAGAAGCUCUAGACUGGUUUCAUUCGUUGCCACCAGCUACCAUUGACAGUUUUGCUACCUUGCGGCAAAUGUUUAGCCAACAAUAUGCCUCGAGUAAAACACCGGGAGUAACGUUUACGGCUCUAGUGCGGAUGAGGCAAGGACGGGACGAGUCAGUGAGGGUGUUCAUGGAUCGGUUCAACCGAACGGCCAGACAGGUUAGAAAUGCUGAUCAAAGGUUGAUUGUGGGAGCACUGACGGCAGCAUUACGACCUGGACCAUUUUUUGAUUAUUUGCAUGCGGAGGAGCCACAGAGUAUGGAGGAGUUGCAAGACAGGUUGGCAAGCUUUAUCAGAAUAGAGGAGGGGCGAGCGCAUCAACGGGGGAGGGAAGAAAGUGAUAUGCAACAUAGAGGAAGCAGGGAGAGGGUGAUAAAACAGGCGGUCGGGAGAGUGGAUAGGGGAAAUGAGCACAAGUGGGGAAAUUCUCAGAGGAUGCAACGGUAUGUACAUCAUACACCUCUGAAUCUCCCUCGAGCACGUGUGCUGGAGGAGGCUUUGAGAGCGGAUUUGAUGACUACGAUCCAUGCUCCAACUCCCCUUGGUGCGGAUGAAAGCAAGUACUGUCGAUACCACCAGAACAGGGGACACACUACUAAAGAUUGUGUGGCUUUGAAGGACAAAUUGGAGACACUGGUGCAAGCAGGGCAGUUGAAGAGAUUUGUGCAGAGAACGAAUAGGCACCCUUCGGGGGAAAAUAGGCGGGGAGGGCCGGGCAGGUCCUCAGGGGAGCAACCCCAUUCAGAUAACAACCGAAGUCGGAGUCGGAGCCCCAACCGAACGGUGAGAGGAGUUAUCAACACUAUUUCGGGGGGAUUUGCAGGAGGGGGCCCAUCCUCUUCAGCUAGAAAGAGACAUUUGAGAAACCUGCAAAGUGUAGGCCGAACGGGAAACAACAGAAGAUCCAUGCCCCCAAUUACUUUUUUCGAUAUGGAUUUCCAUGCACCGGACCUCGAUCAAGAUGACCCUAUGGUCAUAACCAGUAUGAUUGCACGAUACCAGGUUGGGAAAGUUCUGGUGGAUCAAGGGAGUUCGGCGAAUAUAUUAUACUAG